CGCCUUCAGUCCUUCAGAAUUCACAAUGGCCAAAUCGUCAAGGCGAUCGAACGACGGGGCGAACUCGACCAAUGCGAGCCGCGCUUCAAGCCACGCGCGAUCAGCGGCAGGAGCAGGAGCAGGAGCAUCGUCGUCGCCCUCAUCCUCUUCGUCAGGAGCGUCAGGAGCGUCAGGACGAGUAGGCGCAGGAUCAGGAACACGGGUGGCGGCGACGACCAAGCCAGCCAAGACAGUCGCCGCCGCCAAGCAGGACUCGGCACCAGCACGACUCGCUCACCGGCGCAAGGGCGCUGCUGCAGUCACCUCAAGCGACGACGAUGACGAGGACUUGGAGGACCGCGAUGAUGACGAGGACGAGGACGAGGACGAGGAGGACGACGAGCGCGCGUACGAGCUGCCGAGCGUCGUUGCAAGCUCACAACGCCUGGAGCAGCUCUCAAGGACGCUGCACCAUCUGAAAGAGUCCUCAGACCAGCAUCUCGCGGGUUCGUGGCGUCACCACUCGUGGGCACACAUGCUGGGCAUGCUCGUCCUGGUCAUUGUUGUUGCGUGUGUGAUUGCAGGGAUUCUCGACUUUAUGGAUGCAGAUCUCAGCGCUCUGAACAGCUGAGAGAGCAGUAUUAUUUGCGCGGGAGCAGCAUCAGCAGCUGUUCUUGUUGUUGUUGCUGUAACGCACUGGCUCUGGAUGUGGAUGGAGAGGUUGGGGGGAAUGUCUGUGUGUGAGCGAUGUCAAAGUCGCUUCGCAGUGAUUCAAAAUUGGUUAAUGCUCAUGUUGCGGUGUUCAUGUGUUGUUAUUUCUUAUUUUUCUUUUUCGAACAUGUUGAUUGUUGGUAUGAUGAAUCUGGUACAGUCUCU